CAAAGUUUCAAUUGCACAUGGCAUCACAAUCGCUUGAAUUAAAGACAAGCUUCAAAGUCGAUGGAACGAUUGAAUCCAUCUUUACUGGUGGAAAGGCAUCGCUUUCAGCAGAUUCGAGCCAGCUGUUUACUAUGUUUGGUGAUGAUGUUGUAGUGACGGAUUUGGAUUCAGGUGUACAAAAGUUACGCAUUCAAGGAGCAACGGAUACAGUGACUAGCUUUGCUCUAAAACCAGAUGGAACACAUAUUGUGAUUGCAUACCAAAGUUUGCUUCUUAAAGUUUUUGAUACAGUCACUGGCGAGAUGAUAAAAAGUUUCAAGGCUCAUGAAGCACCGGUGCUUGCCAUGGAUGUUGACUCCACUUCUACUCUUGUAUCCACGGGUUCAGCUGACAGCACAGUCAAGGUAUGGGAUGUGGACAGAGGAUAUUGCACCCACAACUUCAAAGGCCAUGGAGGUAUCGUGUCUGUUGUCAAGUUUCAUCCAAAUCCCAAAAAUCUGUUGCUGGUUUCAGGAAGUGAUGACUGCAAGAUCUGUUUGUGGGAUCUCAAUUCCAGACUAUGCAUUGCAGCACUUACAAGUCAUGUCAGUGUUAUCCGCGGUCUUGAUUUUUCUCCAGACGGCGAGUUUCUGUUUAGUGGAUCCAGAGAUAAAGUGAUCAACAAGUGGAAUCUAAAAGCCUUGGAGCUCACAAAAACCAUUCCUAUUUUUGAAUCCAUCGAAGCACUUUCCAUUGUCAACCAUAACAACACUCAUGUCAUUUGUACUGGUGGCGAUAAAGGGAUCGUUCGUUUAUGGGAUAUGGAGACGGGAGAGCUGAUACUGGCUCAAGAAAAGGACAUCAACUCGCAUCAUCAGAUUUCUGGAAUGAUAUGGUCAGAAUCUACCCAAACCAUCGUUGCAGUCACAAGUGAUCAAAACAUAUUGUUUUAUGAUGUCAACAGUUUAAAACGAACACGCCAGAUUGCAGGGUACAAUGAGGAAGUUCUUGACAUAUGUUUUGUUGGAGAAACCGAAAGCCAUUUGGCCGUGGUGACCAACACCGAGCAGAUUCGUAUUUAUGACAUUGAGAAGCGAGACUGUGAUAUUGUUUUUGGACACAGUGAUAUUGUUCUUUGCGUUGUACCUUUUUCAAACGGUAAACUGAUGGCAUCUGGAUCAAAGGACCAUACAGCAAUGCUAUGGAGCGUCAAUCCAACAGCGGAUCCAGAUAUGAGAUAUGUUCAUUUGGGCACUUGCAUAGGACACACGGAUUCUGUGACUGCAGUGGCUGCUCCAUGUUCCAACAUGUCAUCUGCUGGUCAAUUUAUUAUCACUGGUAGCCAAGAUCGUACCAUCAAAAUGUGGGAAAUUGGUGAUAUUGCAAAGUGUGGCAAUAGCGAGACUAAAUUCAAGGCCAAGUAUACCUUUCAAGCGCAUGACAAGGAUAUUCAGAGCAUUGCUGUUGCUCCCAACAACAAGCUGUUUGUGUCUGGUGCAUUAGAUCGUACAGCCAAGAUGUGGUCUGUUGCCGAUGGGGCACUUGUUGGCACAUUCAAGGGUCAUAAACGAGGCAUCUGGUGUGUCAAGUUUUCUCCAAUUGACCAGAUUGUCGCAACUGCAUCUACAGACAAGACUAUUAAGCUGUGGAACAUUAACGACUUUACGUGUAUCAGGACUUUUGAAGGACAUUUGAACACGGUGUUGAAUGUAUCUUUUCUUACUGCUGGUAUGCAGCUUGUAUCGACAGGCUCAGAUGGAUUGGUAAAGCUGUGGACCAUCAAAGACAAUGAGUGUGUUGCAACUUUGGAUAACCAUAAUGAUAGAAUCUGGGGGUUGGCUGUGGAUCGCAGUGAGCAGCAUGUACUUUCCGGAUCUUCAGACUCGACCAUAACCAUUUGGAAAGAUGUUACUGCUGAGGAAAAGAAGGAAGAAGCUCAAAAGUCGGUGGAGCGAAUCAUCAAAGAGCAGGAUCUAUCGUUGCUACUAUUGCGUAAGGAUUACAAAAGUGCGGUGUUGCUUGCAAUGCAGUUGGACCAACCUUACCGUAUUCUUACCAUUUUAUCCGAUGUGCGCAAGGCAGCCACUGUUUCAUCGACAGAAUCAACAGAUGCUGAAAGAGUGGAUACUGAUUUGGACGUGACGAGCGUGACGGGAUCUAAAUCGUUGGAUGCACUGAUUCAAAAUCUUCCAUCCGAAACUUUGGAGCAGCUUUUGUUGUACAUUCGAGACUGGAACACACAUUCCAAGCAUGUUCAGGUCACACAGGCAUUGCUGUAUCUCAUUCUUAAAGGAUAUAAUCCAAGUGUGCUAAUUGAACUUCCUAAAGCCAAGGAAAUUCUAGAGGGUUUGUUGCCUUAUAACGAGCGACAUUUUGUGCACGCCAAUGAGUUGCUUAAAAAGAGUCAUGUAUUAGAAUACACACUCAAGUACAUGGACAGUCUCAUGAAUUCUGUUGAUUCAAACAUGAUAUUGGACGAGUGAUGGUGCAAGACAAUAAAAUGAAUGAUUGCAAGCGCCAUGUUAAUUUCUGAUUUAUUCUGGCUUGUAUAAAUCCAUUUCUAGUAGAAAGCGCAACAGAUAUUCCAUCAUUAGUUAUCUACACAGCAGCAAGUGCUUGUUUUUAUUUUAAUAUUAUGUUGCUGAUCACUCAUAUACUGCGUACUCUUAUUACUUUAUCUUAGUUUGAAUGCUGUUCAAAAUUACAUUAAAAGUCAGUGUGUUGUCCA